UAAAUUUCAAUUAUGGUAUUUCAAUAAUCAUCAGGUAUUGCAUUGAAACAUCCAACUCUAGUUAAGAAACAAAUCAUCAUAAUUUUAUUAUUGUGAAUUUGUAAAAUCUGUCCAAGUUGCUUCACUCCCAUGAACUGCAAAUCUGUAACUUACUCACAUUGAUACGGCGUUGUAGUAAUCAUGAAGGCAGUUUUCCGCGUGCCGCGCGCCACCCCGCUAUAAAUAUAACGACCACCGCAGACCCCAUCCCUCAAUUCACCUACCACUUGCUCGCUCAAGGGAAAAGAAAGGAACAUGAUGGCACAUAAAUCUCGCUCGCUUCUCUGCGUAUUCCUCGCAAUUUUGCUGGUUUCUGAGCUCAACGAAGCCUCUCCCGUCUGGAAAAGAGAAACCAUCGUCGACGGAUGGAAGCCGAUCGACAACCCGAAAAACCCAAAGGUGGUCGAGAUAGCAAAUUUUGCGGUGACGGAGCACAACAAGGAGGCUAGCACGGCCUUGGCUUUUGAAUCUGUGGUCAAGGGAGAAACACAGGUGGUUGCCGGCACGAAUUACCGGCUGGUUAUCGCCGCCAAGGACGGCAGCGCCGCCGAUUCGAAGCAAUAUCGGGCGCUUGUUUGGGACAAGCCGUGGCAGAAAUUCCGCAAACUCUUGUCCUUCGAAGAAAUUAAAGGUUAAUGGAGAUUUUAGGGCUAUGGUGGUGGCUGCUGCUUCUAAAUUAUAUACUCACAUGU